AUGGACCUGCCGCUGCCAGAUGUCUCUCUGGGAAAAUACGUUUUCAGCAACAUUUUGAGACUUGGGGACAAGACCGCACAGAGUAAUGACAUUGCUAGAGUUAAGGAAUCUAAUGUAGAAGUACCAUCUCCAAUAUCCAAUGGAAUUAUGGAGUCUGGGUGUGGGCAGUACCGGAGUGACAGCAACAUGGGUGAUGUGUACCCCGGGGAGCAGGAUCUGCGGCUGUCGUACAGGGAGUUGUCGAGGCGCGCGGCCUGCGUGGCCGAGGAGCUGCGCAUGCGCGGCGUGGGCCCCGGGGACGUGGUGGCGCUCGGCUGCCGCGUCGUGUCGCAGUUUCCGCCGCUCCUCAUAGGCACCCUCCUAAGGAACGCCGUGCCGGCGCCCUUCAACCCAGACCUCGACGUGGAGGAAUUAAAGGUGGUGGUGCAGCAGACCCUGAAGCCUAAGCUGUUGGUGAGCCAGGAGCCGGCGCUGUCGGCAGUGGGGGAGGCGGCUGGGUGCGCCGCGCUGCCGCUGUCCGAGGUGGACGGCUGGCUGCAGCGAGACGCAGACCCGGAGCGGGCGCUGCAGGCGCUGUCCCCGCCAGACGCGGCCGGCUGGCUGGACUCGUGCGCCGCCAUCCUCUGCUCCUCCGGCACCACGGGGCCGCCCAAGGGCGUCAUGCUCUCACACCGGGGGCUGCUCACCUUGACUGUCGCCUUCGGCAAAAUGUCAGCACAGUUUGCCACAUCGAGUGACCGACGUCCAGAGGCCGUAAUAGCGACGUCGCCGAUUUUCUGGGUGUCUGGGCUUAUAACGCCAUUGUAUGCCCUUCACCUUGGGAAGACGGCCUGCAUACUUCCCAGCUUCGACGAGGAUACGGUAGCACGCGUCUUGGGCGAGUACAACGUUUCGAGCUUGUUCAUGCCUCCAAACUUGGCAGUGACUAUUGCCAAGAACCCACAAAGUCCCGUCCGAAAGAUGCUGCACCACAUCAAAAUAUUAUCAGUCGGAGGGGCUGUAAUGGACGCAGAGACUCAGCUAUUCGUUGAAAAGGAGCUUGCCUGGGGUGAUGAUGUGCACAUCAUCGGCCUGUGCUGGUACAAUGGGACUACCGCAUAUGGUGUUUUCAGCAGCCAGUUCAUUAAGAUUGGUGGUGUGGCGAGUCCACCUCCAGAUGACUUCAGCAGUUCUGGGAAGGAACGGUAUGGCAUGACAGAGGCUGUUGUCGUUAUGGGUGCUCAACCCGGUAGUGUUAGUCCACCAGGUUCCUCAGGGAAGCUGUUCUUCAACGUGGAGGCCAAGGUGGUGGACCUGGAGACGCAGGAGCCGGUGGGUCCCGAGCAGGAGGGCGAGCUGUGGGUGAAGUCCCCCGCGGCGGCGCUGGGCUACUGGAACAACCCGGAGGCGACGGCGGCGGCCUGGGACAAAGAAGGCUGGUUCCACACGGGGGACGUCGUGCGCUACGACCGCGACGGCUACUUCUACGUCGUGGACCGCGUCAAGCAGCUCAUCAAGUUCAGGGGACACCACGUGCUGUCGCCGCAGCUGGAGAACCUGCUGAUGUCGCACGCCAGCGUGCAGCUGGCCGCCGUGGUGGGGAAGCCGCACCCCACCGACCAGGAGCACCCCACCGCCUUCGUCGUGCUGCGGCCCGGAGCCUCCGCCACCGCUGAGGAGCUGCAACGGCUGGUAGACGAUAAGGUGGCGGACCACAAGAAGCUGCGAGGCGGGGUAAGGAUCGUGGGGGAGCUGCCGCACACGGCCAGCGGCAAGGUGGCCAAGAGGGUCCUCAGGAGGUGGGCGGCGGGCGGCCAGUAG